CUGUAAGGGAGGUGUGAGGGAAAGCAAAGCUCGUACAGUCUACGAUCGGACAGACGGCAGAGAUUAUUCUACAGGUUUCUUCAGAGACUUCCAGAAUAACUGACAAGUCUAAAGACUAAAGUCCACUUAAGGUCUUGUAGAAGUGGAUUAUGGCGAAGAGGAAUAGCCACAAGGACACAUCGGGAGUGGUGUUCGACACUCACUCUAAAAUGGUGAUGUCCCAAGGAGGAACGUUUGAGAGGAUGAAAGAAAAGAUUAACGCAGUGAGAGCUGUGGUUCCCAACAAGAGCAAUAAUGAGAUCGCUCUGGUUCUGCAACACUUUGAGAACUCAGUGGAUCGGGCUGUGCAGGCUUUUGUGGAAGGCAGUGCAGUAGAGAUCCUGAAGGAAUGGAAUGUUACCGGUAAAAAGAAGCCCAAGAAGAAAAAGAAGCCUAAACCCCAGCCUGAAGCUCCAGUAGUCCCCGCCCCCUCUGAAUCAGUUCCACCUCCAGAGGCGGAGUGUGCGGCUGCUGUGAACGGUUACCAUGCCAAUGGUUCUGCUGGUGCUGAUGGGGAGUCGCUGGACUCCUUGAGUGAACAGCUAGACUCUGCCUCUUUGGAUGCAGCUGAACUUGAAUCGGAACCUGCUACGCCUGAGCUCUCCAUCACAGGAGGAGAGGCGGAGUCUCAAAAAAGCUUAACCCCAACUGCAAGUCCAGCCCCGCAACAAGGCACCAAUAAUGGAGCUCGACAAAAUCACCACAAUUCCCGUGGCGGCAAGUCCCGGCCCAGACCUUCUACUAGCUCCCAAAAUGCCACUGUGGCCCCUUCCUUUCCCUCUGAUGACAGUCAACAAGGUUCAUCAGCAGGCAGAAAAAUUGCACCAAACAUUGAUCGCUCCGUGAAAGAUCUACAGCGGUGUACAGCAUCUCUGACGCGGUAUAGAGUGGUGGUGAAGGACGAGAUGGAUUCUUCCAUCAAGAGGAUGAAACAGACCUUUGCUGAACUACAAAGCUGUCUCAUGGACCGGGAGGUGGCUCUUUUGGCUGAGAUGGAUAAAGUCAAAGCAGAAGCAAUGGCCAUCUUGGACAAGCGGCAGAAGCGAGCUGAGGAGCUGAAGAGGCUCACUGACAAGUCUGCUUCCAUGUCCGAAGAGCAGCUAUCAGAACUACGCGCAGACAUCAAGCACUUUGUAAGUGAGAGGAAGUAUGAUGAGGAUCUGGGAAAAGCUGUUAAAUUCACUUAUGAACUGGAUCCUCUCAAAGCCAGCGUCAUGGCAUUUGGAUCAGUGUACCACCCUCAGACAGGAUACUCACAUCGUUCUCGCUGUAGCUCCACUUCUUCUUCUGUCACUGGCUCUGCCCCUGUGGAAGCCCCGCCUCCUCCACAGGCUCAGGCUCAGCCUCAGCCUCAGGCCUCUGGUUACACAGGCCGCCCCAACGUCCCUCACAAACAGGUGUUUCAGGGUAACAGGCGUAUAUUUCAGGGUUACCAAGGCGGUCAGCGCCAUAACGGUGGUUCAUACUACGACCGCAACCCCAACCAGACCAACUACCGCUACCACGGAGACCAGCGUCAUCAGAGUGACCGUGCCCACGGCGAUGGCCCCAACUCGCAGUUCUCCAAUAGCACAAGAGGCCCCUCCCACCCUUCCGCGUCAGCCUAUCGGCAGGAUCGACCCGCCCACAACGGGCUGCCGCAGAGGCAACCUAGGACCAACUGCCCCUGACACCUUCGGAAUGCUUCCCGCUCACCUCCGUUAUGUCUCUGUGAUCCCUGCGCUUUCCUUCCAGUCCCUACACAAACACCUUCCCCUCCCACCCUGCCAUACACCAUCCCCCCAUUUUUCCCAAAACCCUGCCCCUGUGAUCACACAGAUAUUCCAUAUGGAUGAAGAAUAGAACUAAAAGUUUACAUCUCCUUUUUCCUCUCUUUGGUCAAACUGAGCUGUAGUGCCACCUCCCCCAUCCCGCAUCCAUCUCCCAUGUUAACUCAUUCAUUCCAUGUCCUCUCCCCUUAUUGCACGUUCCAAUUAUUAUUAUUAUUUUUUUUUUUUGUUUGUUUUUUUGGACAAAGCUCUCCUGUUGUCAUUCUCCUCCCUCUAACCCAUUCCAUCAGUUGUUGUGCAAUGAUUUUUGUUUAAUUUUUUUGUUUGGGAGAGGCUUAUACUUAUUUCUGCUCAGUGGCUAAGAACUUCAUUAAGUGGAAAAAAAAAAUCGUUUUAGUCUUAAUUUGUAAAAUGUUUAGUGCACUAUUCAUGUUUCUUUCUUUAAGCUUUACUUCUGUAUUAUCCAUUUUCAUUUUGCAAUCUUCUUUUAUUUC